GUUGGCGCAGUACGCCUGCGCAGUGGGCGCGAGACCCUAACCGGCAGGCAGGUUGCCGUUGGUGGCUCCGCCAUCAGGCUCGGCGGCAGUCGCUGAGAGGAAAGGCAAGGCGACGGAGGCUCGCUCGGCGCCCAAGCGUGGCCUGGCUGACUGACUGACUGAGGGGAAGCGGGCCAGUCUCCAUGGAGCUGCCGUUCCUGCCUCCGCCGCAGCCGCUGGCCUGGGGCUGAGGAGGCCGCGCUCGGUGGAGAAACAGAGAAACAAAGCCCCGGUGCUGCUUGGUGGCCGCCGCCCGCUGCCUGCCUCCUUGGCUGAAAUUCAGGCGCCGCCGGAGCAGGGCCCUUCCUUCCUUCCUUCCUUCCGCCCUUCCUUGGGCAUUUGGAGCCCGAUUCGGCGCCAGUUGUCCCUCCCUUGGAAUCAGGAUCCGCAUCCUCGCCUGCCUUCCAGCUGCGCCCCUUGUCAUCGACGCUCUCGCUGGUUUUCCACCUUUGUUUUGAAGCGCUUCCCUCUCUCCUCUCCUCCAUCGCCACCAGCUCCUCCUUCCCAAGGGCCAAGAUGCCUUUUCUCUCUCCCCAUGUGGGGGCUGUCACUCGCCUUUGACGCUGGCCUGGAAGAAUAUGCGUUUCUGCCCCCCAUCAGCCUAGAUUCAGGAGAGCUCUAUUUUGGCGGUGGCGGCAAGAGCGGUUUUCCAGGCUGAAAAAUGAUCCUGAAGUGGGUUUUGCCUUACUGGACCUGUCUCUCCUCCGUGCCCAUUUUGGUCGUCUUGAACUGUUACGCUCUGCUUGCCAGCGCAGAUAAUACCAACCAGGCGUAUUACACCGCUUUCCUCAAUGUGACUGUCUUGAAUCCAGAGCGUGCUGCUUUCCUCAUACGGGGUCGCUAUGGGCAGGAUUCGCCCAAAAGAGGGGUCACGGGCCUGCUGCUGGCUCCUUUGCCCAUCAAUGGAGUUGUAGAUCGUUUAGGCUGUGAUCAACGAACACGGUUUCAAGUUCCCCCAAACACCAAACAGUGGAUUGCUCUUCUGCAGCGAGGAAAUUGCACCUUUAAACAAAAAAUAAUGCGAGCAGCUUUACAGAAUGCUUCAGCUGUGGUAAUUUACAACAAUGUAUCAGGAGAGGAGCCUGUCACUAUGACUCAUCAAGGAACUGGUGACAUAGUCACUGUCAUGAUCACCGAGUUGAAGGUUAAAGAGAUCCUAAAUUACUUAGAAAAAAAUAUGUCUGUCCUAAUUGCAAUAGCAGUUGGAACCCGCUCUCAAAACAAAAACUUUAGUCGUAGCUCACUUGUCUUCGUAUCAAUAUCAUUUAUAGUUUUGAUGAUAAUUUCUUCAGCGUGGCUAAUCUUUUACUUCAUUCAGAAGAUAAGAUAUACAAGUGCCCGUGAUCGAAACCAGCGCCGUCUUGGAGAUGCUGCCAAGAAAGCUGUUGGUAAACUGACAACGAGGACUGUGAAGAAAGGUGAUAAGGAAACAGACCCAGACUUCGACCAUUGUGCUGUCUGUAUUGAAAGCUACAAGCAGAAUGACGUUGUCCGCAUCCUGCCAUGCAAACAUGUUUUCCACAAAACCUGCGUAGAUCCAUGGCUCAGUGAACACUGCACCUGUCCUAUGUGUAAACUGAACAUUUUGAAGGCCCUGGGAAUUGUGACAAAUGUGCCAUGUGCUGACAAUAUGGCCUUUGAUAUGGAAAGGCUUACCAGAGGUCAGCUAGGCAACAGAAGAUCAGUACUUGGUGACCUUAGCAGUGACACUUCACUCACUCUUGAGCCCUUGCGUACCUCUGGAAUAUCACAAUUUCCACAAGAUGGGGAGCUUACUCCAAGAACAGGAGAGAUAAAUAUAGCUGUGACUAGUGGCCAUUUUUUCCACCGCAAUUCUCUCUCUCCUCGGAGCCUGGUCUAUGAGAAUGACUUCUCUUCCAUUGAGCCCGUCUUGGACAUGUAUGAUGAGAACAAGACCUGAAGAGGAUCUGCAUCCUUCUUGCUUUGCUCUCUUUCCCGUUUUCCUUUUCCGUUUCUCAUUCCUAUUGUUGUGUACUCCUUCCAUGGGUGUCCUUUGUCUGAAGAAGAGCUGCCUUUUCCAGAACAUGUGCCUGGCUGCCAGGCUGCAAAGGUGAAGCUCAGCUGAGGCAAUAUCUGAGGAUGACAUCUGUGAACGGAUGAAGUGUGCACACACGUCGGCUGUGGGAGGUUGCCGAAUGGCAGAAUUGCCAUUAGCAGUGCCAGAAUGAUGGUGUCAGUAUGCUAGAGGUUUACCCUACUCGGUUUUAAUUUUGUACAACAAUCACCUCUCUUGAGUAGGCACAUGGUAUUUCUCUUUUUUAAUACACAAAUUGCAGUGUUUGCCAGCUUCAUUGCCUGACGGAGGAGGGGGCAAGCUGACUGCCCAAAGCGCUCCAGCUACUCUUUGUUCUGUCUUUGCUCUUACACUGAACAGUCCCCAUAUCAAAGGGAUCUCCAAGAAAUGUAUUAACAUCCCAGCUUUGCUGUUUUAACAGGCUGAUGGCAGAGCAAACCAACUUUACAGCCUGCGACAUCCAUACAAGAUUCUGGGGAUCUUUGUGUUUUGUUGCUGAGCCUAACUAUGGACAAAACCUGCUUAGAAAGAAUGCAAAAAACAAAACAAAACAAAAACACAGCCAUUUUUCCAGCCUUCUCCAGAAGGAAUCUCUAACUUUAAAAUAUGCUGCUGAAAUUUAUAUACCCAAUAUUUGACCUUUAGGUGAUUUCGGACAUCUUAAGAAGAAUCCAGGAAUCAAAAAAAAAACAAUAGGUUAUUGCUUGUUUUUAAAAGAUGUGUUGUUUUUUCACUCUGAUUUUUAAGAAGCCAGCUAUGUUGGUGUUAUAUGCUGAAGGAACUGGAAACCUUCCUUCCUACAUGUUUUUAUUGAGAUAACUCCACAUUAUAGAGCAACAAACAUUUUUUUUCCAAAGCUGCUCCUGUUCCAGGGGACAUGAAUAUUAUGAAUGCAGCAAGGAGGUAAAUCAGCAGCUGCUUUGACAUCCAAAUGAAUCCCUUUUUACUAUAAUGGGACAUGAGUAGCAGGACAUAAAUUUUCUGAUGCAAAAAUGGACAGCUAAAGAUGAAAGACUAAUGUUUUUUAAAAAAAACUGUCAACAGUGUUGCUUGAGCAAAAAAAAAGUAUGAUAAUAUUCAGAUUUGAUUUGAACUGUGGAAUUGUUUCUCUGGAGUAGGUUUUCCUGCUGAGGAUGCCACAUGAAACAUUAACAACUGACAAGUGUCAUUUUCCCCCACUGCAAAUCUGAGCUAUGUAGAGAUAGAAAUGGUACCCUUGUAGUGUGAACAUGAGCUUAAUUCUCUUGUCAAUCUUGAUUGCUGAAGAGCCUGGAAGCCAAAAGAAAAGGUAAGGAAUGCUGUGUGGGUACAUUUAGGCAACUUAAGCUGUAUGCAGCCAGAUGGAAAGCGUCUUGGUCUUUUUGCUACAGAGAGUAAAGAUUUACAGUAACUGGGAAAUUGUUUCUUACUAAAACAAGAACUCCCUUGUCCUGGAAUGUAGUGGAACUUUGAUGCAAAGACUUGAAGGUAGCUCUGUGAAGCUAUCUUUGGGGGGGGGGGAUAUUAGUAGGGAUGCUUGGUUUGCGUUGCUGUGAUGGCCAUAUUGUGUCCAAUCAUUCUUGACUGGAUGGUGCAGAGCUUAAGGGUUUAUCACUGGCAACCGUUUGUUUGUUAUUUGUGCCAGGUAAGUUUUAAUAUUCACCACUAACCAUGAGAAAUUCUAAACAAAAUAUUUUUAAAGCACAGUCUUGAAGUGUUGUGAAUUAAAUUUAGAGGUUUGGGAGAGAAAAUUAGUAAUAUGCUUAAAAAGAUUACAGUGAUAUUACUUGAAUGGACACAUACACAGACCCAGCAUUCAUUUUUCCUUGUACAAACUGCCAAUGUUGUAUACAUUCAACUGUUGAUUGGAAAGUGGUAUCACAUUAUGUAAAGUGCACUCAUGGAAAAAGAUAUUAGUGGAACUUUGAUAAGAAAAAACUAAAUCAAGUUCAGUACUCUUUGCUGUACCUUAAGUCAUAACAGCACACUUUUGGUAAAUCUGAAUUUUAGAAAAUUAACAAGCUAUAAUUUAAAACUCUGAAGUGCUGAUUGCACCAAGCUUUGCAAAUUCCAAUAGUAGUGCAAUAGUAACUUUGAGCACUGGGUGAGGGUGGGAUGAAAUGGGUAGUCCACGGGCUAAAAGAAUGUGAAUUGGAUAGAUCCUGAGAAAACAUUAAUUGGAAGCAAAAUACAUUCCCCCUGUUAAAAUGCAAAUAGAACCCAAUCCAGAGGAGGAAAGAGUAUUUCUUAAAUUCUGUUUCAAAUAUAUUGUUUCUAGAGCUUAAUUAUACCUGAUUUAUUUUACAUUUGAAUUCAACUCUAUAAAAUAUAGGAUGUAGAUAGGAUGUUUCAUGAGUGAAUUGUAUUAUAGACACGUUUCAACAGACAUCAACCCCAUUGUUCUUACAAAUCUGUACAAUUUUCAGCAAAAUGUCCUGCGUCCAGUGUCCACCUUUUAACUUUUCAAACUGGAAUCACUCUAUAGAGAUGAAUAGGGCAAUCACUAGUUUUUAAGUGGUUUAAGACUGGAUUAUUGUUUGCUAGGAAAAACAAACUAGUUUCCUCUCUAAAUCAGGCAGACCAUUACUUCUCCUACCACAGUGAUGACAAUUAUGAAGUCAUUCAGAUGUUGUUGGACUGCAAGUCCCAGCAGUCCCUAGGCAACUCAGUCAAUGGUGAAAAAUACUGCAGGUUGCAGUCUAAUAUCUGGGGAACUAAACAGUUACAGCCACUGCUGUACCUCUGCAUUGUCUUUCUUUACUUCAGAUGCAUGCAAAAGGUUCUUUCCCAGCCCUGGAAUCAGUGAUUCUUUUAACUAAAGCUUCUUGGGAUUGAACUUGGAAAUUUCUCCAUUCAAAGUUGUGCUAUCCUCUCAGGAUACUUCAAUUGCAUGGCUGUAGCCGGUCUCUCCAUCACUAAUAUUUUAAUUUGGUGGUAUAAGCAUUGGCAGUGGUGUCUGCAGUCAAUGAUAUAAAGGGAGCACUUAGAAUAAGACAUAAAACAUUUAAUGACUGCAGUUAAUUACUAACUUAUCUUAGUCUUAAGAAUUUGGUUUUUGUUUUGUUUUGUUUGCAAUGCUGGGUACAUUGACUCAUGAGGAUAUAAUUAUAUGAACCUAGACCAAGCUGGUGCCCUCCGAACAUUCUAGAUUAUAUCUCUCAUUACUUCUCAUCAUCGGUAAUGUUUCUGGGGCUGAUGGGAAAUUUAGUCCAAAAUUUCUGGAUCGCCUUAGCUGGAGAAAAGCUUACCUUAUGUUUUAAUAAUGAAAGCAUUCAAAUAUCUCUCUGAUUCAUUUCUGUAUAGCUUUUCAAAUUUUGCUAAGCUAUACAUUCUAGUGUGACUCUAACAUUUAAAAAGGGGGGGGGAAUCCUCAUCCUAUUCUGAGGAUAGUGUCCAGCACCAUGGACACCUGCUUUAAAUACACACAAAACCCAGAGUGGAUUCACCACUAGGCACCGUUGGUAUUUUAAAAACAAUAUCCUUAAGGAGAAGUGUUAUAAUUCUUCUGCCUCAAUUAUGCCUAUCUCAGUGUUUUUAAGACUGUUUUUUCCCCUCUAUAUCUUGUCCAUCUUCCAUUAUUUUACAUUUUGUUAUAAGUAUUCCAGGGAGAAUAUAAUUCAGUAAAUAGCAAUUGAUAUGUAGUCACCCUGUGAAGAAAAAUGGCUUAUAUUUAGAGGCAAAUGCUCAUUUAUGCCACGAGGAUAUAAUUCCCUCAUUUCUUCUAUGGUAGCUUUUUCAUUGUCACAAUUUCUGAAAAUAAGUUGGCUUAGGAUGAGAGCACACGCAAAUUGAUUCUCAAAAUUGAAGUGGAUGGACAUAUCUGUUCAUAGAUGAAAAGGAAUGGUCACAGGUUUUGUCUAAAUAUCUAAGUAUGUGUAAUAGUAUUUUAAAACAGAGAAAUAGAAAGCAAUCUAUAGAAAGCAAACCACAGAAAAUUAAACAAUUUAUAAACUUGCUCAUUCUUUUCUGCCUUUCAAGCAGAAACAUUGCUUAAUUUAAAAAAAAAGACUUAAAAAAGAAGUUAGUGAUUAGUUUGCAUGCUAAAAAACGUUCAACAAAAAUUUAUAGCAAAAGCAUAGCCAUAACAUUUUUUUUCUAUACAGAGAUUGUCUAAUGGAGGGUGGGGAGAUAUAAGACAGAUAAUGGUGCUUUUUUCCCCCAGAUGGAAAUUAGUUUCAUAACUAUGGCCUGAGAAAUAUCCUUGUCCAUGUACCCUGUCUUACAGGAAGUAUUGCUUGGACUGGGAUUUGAUAUUUUUGCCAAGUUAUCUUUGCCCAAUUACCAAUACUUCUUCCCAGUUCACAGCUUCAGGGGCAGCAAUCAUUUUAUAAAUACCUGGAUGUGUUCACUUUUUUGUAGGCAGUAAAUGCCAUGAUGGUAAAUGCCAUAAUCCUAAUAAUAUUCUGUCCAAAAAUGACUAGAAGGUCUAUUUGAAAUGCCAAAGUUUUCCCAGCUAAUGUAUAUAAUAAUUAAUUGAACUCUUUCAAGUAAUAUCAUUGCAGAAACAGUGCCUAAGAACAAUGAUGCUUUUUAAAAUAAAAUUCCCCAGAUUUUACUGUUUUCAAAUAUAGAGAACAGGGUUGGGCUUAACAUUAAUCAACACCUGCCAGCAUAGCCAAUAGUUAGAUAUACUAGGAGUUGCAAUCCCACUGUCUCAUGUGUCUCCAGUUCUCUUGCAGAUGAAAGCAACAGUGGCUUAGACCAUUGAGAUUGUACCCUUUCCUUUUCUCAUUAUUAUUCCAGAGCCUAGCAUUGUAGUUGUAGGCAGCUCUGGAAGAAAAUAGACUUUAUGAGGACUUUAUGGCAAGACACAUGUGUUCACACACUUAAUGUGCAACAGAGUCUGUGUUGAAGGAGGAUGUAACUAUUUCUUAUCUCAUGUACUGCAUGCACUGCAUAGGGGUCCAAGUCCACAACCUGUUCCUAAUAAUUUCCCACAACCUCUCCAUGAAUCAUCCUUUUCAUAGUAUGUAUCAUGGCGAAGGAAGUGAUAUAACUUGUACCAGAAGUUUUUGUUUUUUCCAUGUCAAGAGUUACUUGAGAAACUGCAAGUCGCUUCUGGUAUGAAGGAAUUGGAAUCCUUCAUAUUCCAAUUCCUUGCCCAGGGGACACCAGGGGACACCUGGAUGUUUUGAUGUUUUAUCAUUCUUGAGGGAUGCUUCUCUCAUGUCCCACCGGAGGCUCUGCCACAAGUUAAUUAAGAGUACUAAUGGCCUGCUAGGUGUGUGAAUAAGAUUUAGGUUUCUGCCUGCUUCUGCCUGCCUGCUUCUAAAGUGUCAAAGGUGGACUUAUAGGAAGAGGAUCUGUUUUAUGUCUGAUCUUCUAGGAGGGGCCCUAAGAAAGCGCAAUAAAUAUAUAACCAUGCAGAAAAUGUGAGUACUGUGAAAAAAAAAUAGAAACUGUACAUAGAAAAUACAACAUGGAAUGAUGGUUUACUUUCUGCUUUGAUGCAGUCAUCUUUGUGACCUUCCUAAGUACAUGCAAAAUUGCAGAGGAAUCAUUCAGUUCAGUCCAUUAAGUGCUAUUCUUUAUUCAUAUUGUAAUAAUUUAUUUGUAUGAGACCCUCCUCAAAGAACUCCUCAUAGUAAUUAAUCCAUAAGUUGAAAGCAUCCAUCUUGUUGUGUGCAGAAGUAUCCAAUUGUCCCAAAGGAAUGGGGAAAGAACUGAAUGAGGCCAGUCAGUAACUUAGGACAAGCAUUUUGUUUAUGACUGUUGGAGUCUUGAGUUUUUGAGUCUUAAGCACCAAGGAGUUGCAAACAUGGGCAUAUCUACACAAAUGCAUAUUUUUGCCAUUUCUGCCACCAGUUUUCCCCCCAAAGAAUGCUGGUGAUUCUGUUACCUCACAAAGUUGAUGGCACUAACAUUUAAUAUCUCACAUGCCUCCCCCCAAACAGUUUCCUUCUUUGCACAAAAAGAGGAACAUUGUUAGGCCUCUCUCUCCUGAACUAAAUCAUUGACCUGGCUUGGUGGAAGGUUUAUUUAUUUAUUUAUUUAACGUGUCAGGAGUGAACCAAACAGUAGCAUUGCAUUUUAUUUUUAAAAAAAUACAAAGUUUGCAAACUUGGCAUUCUAUUAAAUAUCCUUUGACCAGUAGCUGGCCACUUGGAGUGCCUCUGGUUUUUCUAUAAGAAGGUCCUCAAUUGUGCAUGUGGCAGGGCUCAGGUUGCAUUGUAAUAGAUGGUCUGUGAUUUGCUCUUCUCCACACUCACAUGUCGUGGACUCCACUUUGUGUCCCCAUUUCUUAAGGUUGGCUCUGCAUCUCGUGGUGCCAGAACGCAGUCUGUUCAGCACCUUCCAAGUUGCCCAGUUUUCUGUGUGCCCAGGAGGGAGUCUCUCAUUUGGUAUGAGCCAUUGAUUGAGGUUCUGGGUUUUAGCCUGCCACUUUUGGACUCUUGCCUGUUGAGGUGUUUCAGCGGUUGUCUCUGUAGAUCUUAGAAAACUAUUUUUUUAUUUAAGUUGUUGGCGUGCUGGCUGCUAUCCAAAUGGGAUGGGCCGGAGAUGUCACUGCCUGGAAGAGAGGAUUUAGUAUUUGAGGAGAAGACAAAAAAAUCAAAGCGAAGUCUUAAAGUAGCUUUCAUCCCAUUUUGAAUGAUGCAGUAUUUUUCCAGUCCAUGGACCUUGCUCAAGUGUUACUCAUUUUUCCACCCACAGAGACAUCCCAUCUGCGUGAAGCAAUUAAGAUUGUGUCAGCUGGUAAUGCCUUUUUAAAGCUGGGUGAUCUUAAAGCAUCUAGGCCAUCUAUUUAUCCCUGAGUGUUCAUGUUUAAUUUUUAUGCUCCACAAAAAAUGUGAAUCCCCCCCCCCCUUUUAAAAAUACUCAGAUAAGAGGAUCUCUUUUAAUAAAUUGCUCAACUGAUGGUUGCUGCUAAAUAUUCCCAUUACCUUCAUUUUUUUCUGUGUUCACUUCCCGAAACUGUCCUUGUACUCCCCUGCCUGGUACAUACUCCCCGCCAAGACACACACAGCAUUGUAUGCCUUAUAACAGCUACUUAUGGCUGAAUCUCUUAUCAAAAGCUAUAAAAGGAGAUCAAAGAAAUAAUCUGCCUCUUUAAAACUUGCAUGAACACAGAAAAACUGUAGGAGUGCAGCAAGCCUAUAUUUCUGUAGCUCUGUUUGGCUUUAGAAUAAAGACAGGAAUGAUGACAUCAUGGGUUCCCAUAACUUUCUGUUGUUUAUGGUGACAUCUAGUGGAGACAAACAGGACAGAUCUAUUCCCCCAAUUCAUUUGAUGUUUUAACCCCUGCUUAGAAAAUAAAAUCUUAGAAAAUGAUAUCAUAUUUGUAACAGGAGUUAUAACAAAUCUCUGUGCUGUAAACAAAUAAUACUUUUCUCAGUCCAUAAACAUAUCUCUGUUUUGGCCUGUUCUACAUUAAGCUUUGCCUCAAUUUACCAAUUAUUUUACUUAAUCAAUCUUUUUCAUUCUGAGGUACCCCUAUACUAAAUACUGAUACAUGGUCCUUUUCAUCUAGAGCUUCGCCAUUAAUAAAAGAACAUUUUGGUUUUAUUGUUAAGAGCCUAAGAAGCUGCCUUAUACUAAGUCUGGUCAUUGUCCCAUGUUGAAACCAAUUAGCAUCCAUUUUCCAAGGUUUCAAUCAGAAUCCUUUUUUAAACUUACCUAGAGGUAGCAGAAAUUGAAAAUGGAGCUUUCUCCAAUGAGUGUUGAUUUGUACCUAGUUAAUAUCAAUGGUACUUUAAAUAUUCCCAAGGUUUAGCGGGAAAGUGUUUAAUCCUUUUUAGUUGUUCUUUAUUUCAGUGAGAAACACAAUCAGAAGUGUAUGUUCUAGUCACAGUGAAGCAAACAACUGCACAAAUUGUAACUGCAAACUUGAACACUUGCAGAUGGAAUGACAAUGGUCAAAAAGUUAUGAUGAUAGAAAGAUCACCUGGGUGGACUUUGUGGGAAGGACACAAGAGUACUGUGGGAAGGACACAAGAGUACUGUGGAAAGUACACAAGAGUACUGUGUCUCGCCUAGAUAGGACCACACAUUAACACCUAUUUAAAAGAGGAUCAGCACCGUUCAGAAGGUUACAUGUUUUUUAAUAAUCAGUUUUAGCAAAAAUACUCGCCCUGCUUUUUAAAACAGUAAACAUGAAUUCCAUGUUGGAUGCUGAUCAAUAUGUCAAACUCAUUCUGAAAUGCAGUGAUGGGACAGUACUGCAUUUCUCGAAGUCAUUUAUGUAAUGCAACAUUUAACAGUCUAUAUUUCCUGAUAAUCUUAGUUUAGAGUGCAAAGAGAACUUCAGUAGUAAUUAAAAACUAAUCUGCAGAAAACUAGCAGUGUGCACACCCAAACAUUACUGUGUUCUGAAGGGCAAACAUAGAAUGUAUUCAAAUGUAUUUCUAUAACUAUACUAAUGCAUUUGCCAUAGGAAGAGACUUUGGUUCACUUUCCUAUCAGUUCAGCAAAACAAAUGAAAAUAAUCUGGUGUGUUACAUACCAGACUGGAAACUGUAAGUUUUGAACAGAAAAUACUCAAAUACACCAGAUGGUCCAGAACACCUAAUUGUUCAUUGCUACCGUUUCCUAGCUCACAGGAAUUGUGUGAGACUUUGUUGAUAAUUAUGAAUAGCAAGCUUCUUGCAUGGAUGGUACUAUAUAAAUGCUUACACGUUUGUCCACUUGUGCAAAGAACCACAGCUUGUUUGCUUAUGUCUCCAUUUGCCCAAAAUUUCCCUUAUAGGUGUCAGGCAUUCUGCAGUGCUGGACCAUGUUGGAUGAUACUUUGUGAUCAGUUUUUGUGGAGUGACCCUGGUUACUGUCUCCCAUUCCUUUUAUUCUUUCAGUGUUUGCUCAAUUACAUUUGGUCAGCUCUCCUUGUCGCUUAUUUAUCUCUCUUUCUUUUUGGUGCAUUCAGACAACAGAGUACAGUGGAUUAUCAUUUUAAGGAGAUGAUUUGCUAACUUACUAAAUUGGUGUAGUGCCAGUGAUUCCAAGAUAUCUACACAGUUGUAAGGAUCAAUGCCUUAUCUCCUUAAAAUUGCCAGCUUUGUAAAUAACUUAGCAAUGACUAACUACUUGCUAAAAUCACAAAUUCUUAUUGACUUGGAGAACAGUGCUCAAAUUAUGGCGGGUAGGAUAAUGAAAUUCAAAGUCCCAAACUCUGUCUCAACCCAAUUUUAAAUCAAACCAUGAGAUCACCUUCAGCCUUCCAGAAAUAGCAGUCGGGUGGGGAAGGGCACAGGAGACGGGACAGGCCUUUCUUGCCUUCUUGUAAUUUUUGCACUGCUCACAAGGAUGUAAGAAAUUCAGAAAGACCCAGCUAUCACAUUUGUUAACAGGGGGUUGAAUUCCAGUAACAAAAAACGCAUGUAAAAUGGCUGUCACUUGCCCUGCUCCGUAGCUUGUUUAAAAAGACUUGCUAUUUUUCCCAGCACAGAAGCAAAUCACAUUUGCAAUGGCUUUGACUAACUUACGUCCAAGGUCAAAUGAAAUGUCUUCAGUUAUGGGCACUGAAGAGGAAAUAAUCUUGCUCUAUCAUUAUUUAGGCUGCACAGGUUCAGAUGUGGUGGUUGGCAAAAAGCUCACAAUUGUUGUUGCAGGAUGAAAAACCCUUACACCUGGACCUAUCCAAAGAGCGUAUAUGAAGGUUUGCCACCUUUCCUUUUUCUGACAGUGGCACCCUAGACCAAAUUGAAUUUGUACAGCUCCUCUUGGCAUAAAACUUCAGUAAGAGGAGAAAGCUAUACUUGUCAGGUUCCUUCCUGUCAUGCAGCAACCUCACGAGCCUUGCCAGGAAAAGAGUGGGGAUGGGGGGAAAGCAGCAAUCUCUGGAUAUUCGUGGAAAUGAACAUUGUUAGAUCUGAGGGGAAAUGCCACCGCCAGAAUUAAACAUUAGUCAUCCUUUCCUAUCUCUUCUGCAUCUGUACAUUGCUCACUGUGGUGAUAAAAUCUCCACACUAAGCCUUAUUUGUCAGGAAAUUUAAAAAAAAAACUUCUCAGAAGUGCACAAAGCUAGUGGUAUCUCAGUUAUUCGGUCAACUUCAUAUUGAAAGAAAUGGAUAUCAGAUAGAUGCCCUUUUUGUGCCAUUUAAGGGCUAUGCGUGCAAUCCUUUGGUUUGUAGCUAUCGGUAGAACAUAUUUGUAUGGGCAUUUUGUUACAAUCACAAAGUGCUGAUGGAAGCACCAUUUCAGGGGUGUGCUGAGCCAGGAUUUCAGCACAUAGAACCACAGUCUUGAGUUCAGACUGUUAGCCCAGAUAAAAGAUUAAGUAGAUAGCUGUGUCCUUAAAGGUUAUAUGUCUGCUCAGGAUCCCCAAGUACAGACCAAGUCUAACUAUGCACAAAAUGCAGUGAGAACAAUUUUUAACAGAAAGGGGUUUUUUAAAAGAAAAGAAAACUAUAUUGGCAAGAGUGAUUAAAAAUGUCAAGGGUUGUGUAUGUAGAAUACAGUGGCGGGGCCUAUGUAUCUGAAUUCUUCAUUGCCAUAUUGUGAAUUAUACCAAUGUGAACAACCAAGAGCUGAAAAAUGCAAACAAGCUACCAGAGGCCUGGCAAAGUGAAAAGGACUAUUUGCCUUGUUUCUAAUCCAGGCAUGUGCAAGCGAGAUGCCACCCUCUUGACAAUCGAAAUUUUCAAACGUGUGUGAUAAGCUGUAGCUUGGCAGCCACAAAAACAAAUUCUCAGUCUACUUAUUUUGAUGUAAGUAUACUACUGUAUUGUAGCUGUGUGGUAUAUACUGAUACGUUAGUAGUGUAUACCUCUAAGUUAGGGUUUGCUAAUGUAAUACAUUUCAAUAAAAAGCUAUUUAAAAAUUCAA